UCUACUUGCAUACCUACGCUGUGAGACAAAAUGUCGGAAGAAGGCCUACCUAGUUAAGAAAAAAACAAUACAUGGUUGGGGUUCUACAAGGUUUCUAAUGGCAUUUAUGCAGGCCUUUAAUUCAUUACUAUACAUGGUUUUUACAUUGAGGUUUAUAAAUUGAGACUUCUCUAAAAUAUACUCCGGAUCGAAAGAUGUUCCUGAUUUUCGUCGUGACCGUCCUUAUGGCAACAGGCUCCACCAUGGCCAUCUCUGUCCAGUGUCCUGUCAAGAGGUACGUGGUCAUCCUGUUCCAGCCGGUCACGCUCACCUGCAACUUCCAGACGUCUUCCACGCAGCCGCCCGUCAUCACCUGGAGGUACAAGUCCUACUGCAGGGACCCCAUCCAGGCAGCCCUGAACCCCAGCAGUGCUGACAACAUCCUGUCCCAGAACAACCCUAACUACAACGCCAACAUUGAGUGUGCCGACAGCAUGCGGACAGUGCGCAUCGUGGCCUCCAAGCAGGGCAGUGCUGUCACUCUGGGCGAGGAGUACCAGGGGCGAAAAGUCAGCAUCUUGAACAAUGCAGACCUGAACCUUGCCCAGACGGCGUGGGGAGACAGCGGCGUGUAUGUGUGCUCUGUGGUGUCUUCUCAGGACCUGACAGGGAACAGCGAGGACUACACUGAGCUCAUAGUGCUGGACUGGUUGUUGGUAGUACUGGUAGUGUUUGGCUUCCUGCUGCUGUUGCUCCUCAUAGCAAUCUGCUGGUGCCAGUGCUGCCCCCACACCUGCUGCUGCUACAUCCGCUGUCCCUGCUGCCCUGAGAAAUGCUGCUGCCCUCGGGCAUUGUACGAAGCAGGCAAGGCAGUGAAGUCAGGCAUCCCCAGCCAAUACGCCCCCACGCUCUACGCUCCCAGCAUGUACGCCCAGCCACCCUACGGAGGGGUCAUGCAACAGCCCGGCAUACCCAUGCUGCCCCUACCCCAGGGGAUGGGCGGCCCCCCACUACACCCCAACGGCUACGGACGGGACUACGACGGAGCCAGCUCGGUUGGACAUGGCUCCCAGGUGCCUUUGCUGCAUGACCAGGACAGUGGCGCAGGAGACCAAACUCGGAGCGGCUACCGUAUCCAGGUGGACCCAGAUGGGAAUGCAACGCAGGCCAUCUACUACAUGGAGAGACAGCUAGCCAACCUGGACCCCACCCGGUCUGGUGACGCCGCUGGGAAGUACAACCGCUUGGAUGGGGGGAUGAGCGAGGUGAGCUCCUUACACGAUGACCCACGGGGCCGUGGCGGUGGCCGCUCCCAGGCCCCGCCCCUCGCCACCGUGUACGACCAGGACGAGGCCAUGAGCACCAUCAGCAGCGUGUCCACGCACGGCCAGCGGGGGCGUGACGAGUACCCGCGGCGAGGAGGUGGGCCCUCCCCCCACAUGGGGGCCCACGGACGCGCCCGCUCCAUGGACAACCUGGAUGAUAUCGCCCGCCGAGACCGCUACCCCAGAGACACCCGGGAUCCCCGCGACGACUACCCUCCCCACCGCCGCGACGGAGGAGGAGCCAGAGGCAGGAGAGGCUCGGAUGAUGACUUUAGCAGCCGCGGCGGCUACGACCGCGGCCGUGACUUUGACGACCGCAGACGGCGCGAGCCCUCCCCUGACGGCCGUCGCCGCGGAGGCAGCCCGGUCAGCGGUCUCCAAGGGAGACGCAGCCGUAGCCGUGACGACCUGAUGGCCAUCGAACGUGAUCGGGAGCACGGUGGCGGCCGUGGUGGUGGGCGGGACGCCUACGAUGAUAGCUUUCUGCGGGAAGCCAUGGAGAAGAAGCGUCUAGGCGAGCAGCAGAGGGCGAGGAGCCGCGAGCGCCUGGACAGCGACAGCGAACGCUCGGACCGAGGCAGGGCCCCCCGCGGACCCCCUCCACUUCCCAUGUCCCCGCCUUCCAACUACCCCGACCGUCGCUACGACGACAACUACCCAGCCCCUCCCCUGCCUUCCUACAUUAGCGAUGACGAGAGCUUGACGUCCUCCAAGAAGAGCAAUCUACGCAAGAAUGGAGCCGUGAGUCGGGAGAUUCUGGUGGUGUGAGACGUUCAAUAUCCCCCAGCGUAACUGAUCUGUCCCUUAACACAAUUACUAGUCGUCUAUGUCAAUAGUACUAAUGUUGCAAACUUGCUACCGUGAUUUUGUUUUCAAUACCUAAACUCAGAUAUCAACAUUUGAUGCUGGAUAUUUAUGUACAAAUGACCUUAUUGGGGAUAAUUUAGUAAUUGUGUGCUUCAUAUUUACUGAAAGCAUUGUCAGCCUUAUGUCCUCUCAAUUAUUUUUAAUGUACAGAAUAGCUCUAACUGAAGCACUAAGUGUAGUGUGUGGUUGAACAUGCCAAGGCUUAAUUAAAGUAGCCUACACUGGAAUGGCAGUAGCCAAAGUAAACCAGAAAUGGUUUUCAUUCACUCUUUUUAACCAUUCAUUUUCACCUUACAGUCAUCUUACAGUCAAUGUGAGUAACCCGGAGCUUUAAGAUUGUAAAGCAAGUAUUCAUUUGAACUUUUAAUUAUUUACUGUGAGAAGUCAUGAUUUUUUUUAAAUGAAAAUGAGAUCAUGCUGUACAUUUGAAAUAGAAUAGAUUUUAUUAGGGCGGGAGGUAGCCUAGCGGUUCAGAGCAUUCGAACCACUCACCGAAAGGUCGCUGGUUCGAAUCGCCGAGCCAACUAAGUAAAAAAUCUGCCGAUGUGCCCUUGAGCAAUGCACUUAACCCUAAUUGCUCUGGAUAAGAGCCUCUACUAAAUGACUAAAAUCAAAUAAUAGCCAUUUUAUUUUUACAUUGUUUAUCAUCGUAUUGGAUUAGUUUUAACUGUCCAGCAUGUAUUUGUCAUGAAUAAUGUCAGCCAUAGACAGGUUAUAUUUGUUCCUUUUUUUUCUUUUUUUCUUUUUGCUAUGAAAAAUGUACUUACUGCAUUGUUGUACAGUCUACUUGUCAUACCCACUGUCCGUACUGUGUUGACUGAUUUACAACAAGCGUAAUUUUACAAUAAAGCUUUUUCAAAAUG